GUCAGUGCCUCAGUGGUGUGUGUGCCGUCACAGCAGUAAGAUCAAGGUGCCUCGGGGACACUAUCCCCGGACUGUCGGGUCUGGAUGCACAGUGAAUGGCAGCGGGGUUGCCCAGCGUGUGGCUACGGAAGGAUCACCGCAGGACCUCGCGUGUGACCUGCAGGACACCCCUUUAUUACAUCCUAGUGUGAACCAUGACCUCCACGUGCACCUGAUUAUUGGCGACAGGUGCUGUGUGACUCUGUGGUGUGGUAGAUGCGGCCAGCACCUGGCGAUGGUGUGAUGCAAGAUGGGAGUCUGCUCCUCACACCCGCCAUGGUGACCUGGACACGUGGUGGCAACGACCGGGUCACGGUUCACGCAACACUCUUAUAAUACGUCGUCUUGCAUUAGUAUACUAUUCGUGGGCGACUCAAGAUGGCGGAGGCGAGAAAGCAAGACGUCAAGAAGAAGGCAGAGCAGCUCACGGUGGCGGUAAGGGUGCGGCCCCUGACCAACGAGGAGCGCCAACGAGGGUGUUAUCGCAUCCUGAAAGUGCUGGACGACAAGAUGCUGAUUCUGGUACAGCAGGCCACUGACAAGAAUGACCACCUGCGAAAGAAGAGGAACGAAGACAAGGAGUUUGUGUUUGAUUGCCUGCACGGGGAGGACUCUACUCAGAUAAAAGUCUACGAGGACACCACACAGUCGCUAGUCAAGGAUGUACUGGACGGGUUCACGGCAGCGGUGUUUGCCUACGGCCCUACAGGCGCUGGCAAGACCUACACGAUGGUGGGCACGCCGGAACAGCCUGGCAUCAUGGUGCAGGCCCUUAACGACCUCUUUCAGUGCCUCAACGACCCCUCCAGAACCACCAAGACCAAGAUCACUAUGUCGUACCUCGAGAUCUACAACGAGAACAUCCGAGACUUGCUUCAGCCGAGCGGCACUCUGGACCUGCGGGAGGACGCCAAGACAGGAGUGAUCCAGGUGGCGGGGCUGUCUGAGCGAGAAAUCUCCACCACCAAAGAGGUGAUGAAACUCCUGACGAAGGGCAACAAGGAGAGGACCUGUGAGCCCACCGCCGCCAACAAGACCUCUUCCCGCAGUCACGCCCUCCUUCAGGUCAAUGUGCGGAAGUCAACCAUCAAGGGGGUUGGGGAAGAGAUCAAGCUUGGUCGUUUGUUUAUGAUUGACCUUGCUGGGUCAGAGAGAGCCAAGCAGACUCAGAACAAGGGGAAGCGGCUGCAGGAGGGUGCCCACAUCAACCGCUCUCUCUUGGCGCUGGGGAACUGCAUCAAUGCUUUGGCUGAGGGUCAAGCAAAGUUUGUAAAUUUCAGAGACUCCAAGCUGACACGCCUUCUCAAGGAUGCCCUGUCGGGCAACUGUCGCACAGUAAUGGUGGCGCACGUGUCACCAUCUCACCACCACCGCGAGGAGACCAGGAACACACUUAUCUAUGCCGCCCGGGCCAGGAACAUCUCCUUGAAGACACACUCUAACAGGCUGAAUGUCACCUCCCAAGUGACGCAAUACAAGCAGAUGAUCACAGAGCUGCAGGAGGAAGUACAGCGACUCAAGGACAAGAUAGCAGACAACAACCAAGACUGUCGCGAUGGCUCAUCCCAGGACCUCAUGGAAACCACCCAGCAGAACACUGAAAGGCUACGUGGCAUAAAGAACAAACUGCUGAAAAAUUUUAGUGAUCAAAUGCUUCUCAGGAACAAGUUGAUAGACAUUGACAGCAACAUCUUGGCCCUGUCAAUGGAGCUGGAGCGCCAGAGCCUUGUGGUGUCAGAGUGGGAGGCGGAGCGCACUCGUCUAGAGCGGAACCGCACAGAACACCCUAAGGGACCUCUUGGGGAGGAGAUCAUUGACAUGGACACUGACAAGGAGAGAGAUGAGGACAGCGAGGACGACGAGCCUGAGGAAGUUACGCAGGCCUGGGAAGACCUCUUGUACUUGCAAAAAGAGAAGCAACGUUACUCAGAGAUGAGAGAGAGAGUAGAGGAGGAGAUGGCGGAGGUAAAGAAGUGUUCUCACAGCAUAGAAGAGGAUCUGCCCAACACCAUCACCAAUGAGGAGCACAAGGAAAUCAUCUCCCUCCUCUGCAAGGUUCACGAGCUGGAGAUCCAGAAAGUGGAGAUGCGGAGUGAGGCGCUGAUAAAGGAGUAUGAGUUGCAGCGGCGGGAGCUGGUCAUCAUGAGGUAUGACCAGCAGCGCUCCCUGUGUGACAGGAUCAUUACACGGCAGCGGCAGAUGCUGGACGCCCUUCAUGAAGGUUCAGAGAUGGACCAACACAUGCCUCCUGAGCUGCAGGAGCUGUAUGAAAUGUACCAGAUGGAGGCACAGUAUACCACCACUGACGGGAAGUAUGACCCCCAUAACUUGUUGAGGUGCCAUUCAGUUUUAUCACUGAGGGGAUCCACUGAAAGGCUGCCACCCAUUAAUGGCAGGGAACCAGAGAAGCUGUUUGACCGGCCUGCACGCCGCUACAGCCUUGGUGACGAAGGCCGAACUGAUAGUGUCCUCAGCCUGCGCAGCCCCACCAGCAGCUCAGCAUGCUCCUCAGUCCCUGGCACGGCCCCUGGCUCCCGUGUCCCCUCCCUGCCCCCCAUCAGUGGUGCCGCUCCCUUCAUGCCCUCACACACCUCAGUGGAAGGCUCCAAUCACUUACUGAGCCGACGGCAGGUGUCCCGUGGCCUGGCCAAUGCCCAUCUGGUGAAUGACUCAGAUCCAGACUCUCCAGGUGUCCCCAAAAGGCUGCAAAAGAAAUAUCUGGCAGACCCAGCUGAUGACAACCUGUCGGUGGUCAGUGUGCGGCUGGACAGCCCUCCCCGCAAGGCCAGGUCUCGGGUGCGGCCUGCUCCUCUCCGGCGUCGACCUCACUAUCCAGGUCGCCAUCUGUCAGCCUCCUCUAGUGAGGGAGAGUCUCCUACACGUCAUCACCGCAACAAGGGCUCCAAGCCUCCUCGCACCCGCCGCCGAGGCAAUAGUCUCAGUAGGUUGGAAAACUUCAAUCAAGCUGGAAUGUGGCCUUCAGGCAACCCAAGGAGACAGAGCAUCCCCUUGCAUCAACGCCGUGUGGAAGAACGUUUUCCGGUGGGCUUUGCUCUGCACCACUGAGACAAGUAGCAGGAGCAGAGCAGCAGGCUCACAACUGUAAGGAGUUGUGGGACCUGCAUGACAAGUGCCAUAACCUAGUAACAUUUGGAUGAGAGGAAUCUCAACCAAAGGACGUCACACUGCCAGGGAGGGAUUCGGUGUGCAGUGGUCCAGAUUAUUAGUCAAAUGCUACAAAUUACAAGCAAUACCUUGUAAAUGAAUCAGAACAAAUUGGUUUUCCUGGAAAAGCAGUUUGGCCUUCAUAUUGCUAUGCUGCAGACUAUAGAGGUACACAUUGAAAUGACAGAUGUAUAUAUAAUAGCAAAACAUUUCACUAUAGUGUUAAGUGAAGUAGUGCUUAAGAAUACCUCAUGCAGACCUACAUACCUAAAGUAGAAAUUGGAAAAAAGAUUGAAAUAUGCCAUACCAUACUAAUCACUUCUAUGAUAGGUUUCAUGGCAGUGGAUGCCAUGACAGUAUAUAAUUUUAUACAACUUGGCCUGUCAUUCUUCAACUGGCAUGGCAUUCAACUUGACUGGCAUUCUUCAUCAUGAAUCAGUGAUUCCCUUUCAUAGGAAACAGUGGAUCUUAUGUUUUUCAGUGCCAAAGAAAUGGCCAGGUAAAAUAUUUAAGGAGGAGAACUGCAAUUAUUGAACCUGAAAAGCAAGCCAAGUUACCCUCCCCUUUACUCUGACAGCCUUGGACCCUUGACUUUGGCAUCAACAGAUGGUUUAGAAGGGCAAUUCCUUGAGGAGUAACCACCUCAAAGUUGUACAUAUGGCCAAUAAUAGAAUAAAUCUACGGGUUGAUUCCAAGGCUUCGGGUGGCCAUGACCUUUAUUAUUACACUAUCAAAACAAAUACAUAUAUCUGAAUAAUUCUGUGAUCAUGUGGACUCUCAACAGCCUCACAAGCCAUUAAUAGAACCUUCCUAUUACUGAGGAUCACAGCAGAAUCCUUGGAGUGGAUAUAAAGUUGAUGCAGCAGCCAAAAGGGGAAGGAUUGAUGCUGCUCAAAUGUUAAGGAACAUAACCUGUACAUAGGCAGUGUAUUGUAUUGUAACUUUUGUUUUUGUUUUUAUUUUUUAUUACUUAAAUGAGAGAGAGAGAGAGAGAGAGAGAGAGAGAGAGAGAGUGGGGCGGGGUUUUAUUAUUCUCCAUCCACAGAUAAACAUAAGCUGAGAGAGAGAGGAAAUUUCCGUCCAUAUCCGUAGUAAGAUAACCGAGAAGUCUCCCAUGUAUCAAUAUGGUAUCUUUGUCUGAAAUAAAGAAUGAUUUUGUAUGACAUGAUUUUACAAUUCUUCCUUCUGGAAAAAAAAAAAAAAGGAAUGUACAGAGAUCGUCUAAUAAAUGGCUAAAGAAAAGAUGUUUGAAGAGGAAGAAAGCCUAUCAUUAUUGGGCCAAGAACAAAUUAAA